CGCCGGAAGUGCUCUUCAAGUAACCGGAAAUGAUGGCUUCCGCGUCUCUAUGGUAGCAGCAGGCAGCGGCGCCUCUCUGGCCCUACCUCCUCGGUGGCAGGUGGGCGGUCGGCCAAGAUGGCGGAGCUGAGCGGCGGCGGGCCCGGCUCGGCCGGUGGCGGCGGAGGCGGCGGCGACAGCGGAGAAGGCGGGGGCGGCGGCCCCGAGUCGGGCCCGGGGGGGCUCCUCAUCCGCGUGACGGUGAAGACCCCGAAAGACAAGGAGGAGAUCCUCACCGGCGAGCGCGUCUCCGUCAAGGAGUUUAAAGAAGAGAUUUCCCGCCGGUUUAAAGCCAAACAGGAUCAGCUGGUUCUGAUCUUUGCCGGGAAGAUUCUGAAAGACGGGGAUACCUUGAAUCAGCACGGGAUCAAAGAUGGACUGACGGUGCAUCUGGUGAUCAAAACUCCACAGAAGACUCAAGACCCUUCAGUGGCGCCUGCUGCUUCCCCUCCUCCUGCUGCUGCUACUGCUACUUCUGUUGCUGCUGCUACUCCCUCAGCAGCCCCUGCUUCCCCUGCAGCCCCACCUCAGCCUUCAACAUCCAGCAACACGCUCUCUGAUGUAGGGAGCAGCAGCCGGAGGAGCAGCGGAUUGGGAGCCACGCCAGGCCCGGCAGCAGAUGGGAUCCCUGGCGGAGCCACCUCCAUCUUGUCUGGCUUUGGCGGCAUUGCUGGGCUCGGGCACCUGGGGAUGGGCUCUGCAAACUUCAUGGAGCUUCAGCAGCAGAUGCAGCGGCAGCUGAUGUCCAACCCAGAGAUGCUCUCCCAGAUCAUGGAGAACCCCCUGGUCCAGAACAUGAUGUCCAACCCAGACUUCAUGCGGCAGAUGAUCAUGGCCAACCCCCAGAUGCAGCAGCUGAUGGAGCGCAACCCAGAGAUUAGCCACAUGCUGAACAACCCUGAGCUUAUGCGCCAGACCAUGGAGUUGGCACGCAACCCUGCCAUGAUGCAAGAGAUGAUGCGCAACCAGGACCGAGCCCUGAGCAAUUUGGAGAGCAUCCCUGGAGGGUACAAUGCCCUGCGGCGGAUGUACACAGAUAUUCAGGAGCCCAUGUUCAGUGCUGCCAGGGAACAGUUUGGCAAUAAUCCCUUCUCUGCCUUGGCCGGGAGUUCCGACACCUCGAACUCGCAGCCCCUGCGGACGGAAAACCGAGAACCGCUGCCCAACCCUUGGAGCCCCACGCCUGCCUCUCAAGGCCAGGCACCAAGCGGCGAAGGCAGCACCGGCUCAGUGACAAGCCAAAGCACACCCACUGUCUCCAACCCUUUGGGGAUCAACGCAACCAACCUAGGAUCUGGAAUGUUCAGCAGCCCUGAGAUGCAAGGUCUUCUGCAGCAGAUCUCAGAGAAUCCCCAGCUCAUGCAGAACGUGAUCUCUGCCCCUUACAUGCGUACAAUGUUGCAGACGCUAGGCCAGUACCCUGACAUUGCAGCACAAAUGAUGGUGAAUGUUCCCCUCUUCGCCGGCAACCCCCCGCUUCAGGAGCACCUGCGACUCCAGCUACCUGCCUUUCUACAGCAGAUGCAGAACCCUGAUUCUCUCUCGAUCCUGACCAACCCUCGUGCCAUGCAGGCCCUGCUGCAGAUCCAGCAGGGGCUCCAAACGCUGCAAACGGAGGCCCCGGGACUGGUUUCCAGCCUUGGGACUUUUGGAGCCCCUCGCGUCCCUCCGCCCUCUGCCGGAGGAAGCACAAUCCCCGAGACCCCCAUCUCCUCCGCUUCAACACCUGCUAGUGCCUCUCCAGCUGGGGACAGCAACCCCCACCAGCAGCUCAUGCAGCACAUGAUCCAGCUACUGGCCGGUGCAAAUUCUCAAGCGCAGAGUCCAGAGGUCCGGUUCCAGCAGCAGCUUGAGCAGCUCAAUGCAAUGGGCUUCAUCAACCGUGAGGCAAACCUUCAGGCGCUCAUUGCCACUGGGGGAGACAUCAACGCCGCCAUCGAGAGACUCUUGGGCUCCCAGCCUUCCUAACAUCGUAGGCCCCUCCAAUCUGCGACAUGAUAUCAAAACACAGACCUCUCGAGGAUUGUCAUUGUCAGGCCCUCCGACAGCUGUCCAUGAAUUUAAAAACUGGAACAACAACUCCCCCCCCCCUUCAGUUCAGUGCAUCCCGUUCUAUGUUUUCCUCUGAAAUGCUUCAAAAACUGCCUUGUGCAUGGAUGAUUCCAGUUCUUGAAAAACGGCCAUUUUGAGACAUGUUUCUCCCCUGCUUCCCUCUCCACCCACACCCUGUUCCCCCCAAAAUGAGGCUCCUACUCUAGCUGGUCAAAGUGUAACUUCUAGAUAACCCAAAUAAUUGUGUUGGAUUAGCUCGCUUUUAAAAUCAUAUAAAAGCUGUAUUUCUUUUCUCCCCCGCCCACCUGCCUUCCGACCAAAAGUGAAAUAUGAAGGGAAUAUCUGCUCCCACCAACUCAAAAGACUUUUUCUCAUCAAUGAGAAAGGCACACGAUUUGGAAAUGCCAGUAGGCAGGAAAAAAGGAGUGGUCCUUUUGCACAGUGACUACAGCGCCUCAAACCUGGAUGGACUUGAGCAUCACGCUGCCUUCCUGCUUUUAUCUUUAGUGGUUAUGGGAUGUCAAGAUGUGGAGUUGGGGUGGGCGGCUGAGAUUACCUGAGAGCAUUUGCCAUUGGAAAGAGGUGCUGAGCUGUCCUGCUCAUAAGGUGUGGUGGCUCUUGGGUUGGAAUAAUGUUUUGUUAUCAGCCUCCCUCCUUUAGAAUGUAAGCUGCCUCCUUGAUGCAUCCAAAAACAUGACCUGCUAUUUUUCUCCACCCUCCUCUCCCCGGCCACAACUCCCAGUACUUGCCAUUGGUCCUCCAGUCAAAGGUGCUUUGAUGCAGCAGACUUUGGUGGAGUGGUCUCUGUGUUGCAUGCUUUUCGAAAGAACAAGGGCAAAGAAGGGAGGUUGGGGAAUCCUUCACAUCUGUGGGAUGCUAUUGAUAGUUCUCCCCCCCUUUUUAUUCCCUUUCUCUCCCCCCCCCCCCCGGUUUUAGUUCAGAGUGUUUAAAAAUCUGAUUGCUAAAGAGGCUCUUGAGGGCAGUGUAAUCUGCAACAGAAAUUAUAAGUUUUUAUCCAGGAAUAAAAUGCACAAAGCAUCUGUCUUUUCUCCCCA